CAGAACCAUCUAACGAACUAAACAGUCGAUUUUUCCCAUUACACCGUAGAGUUGUAACUUCUUUCUCCACCACCUUCAGAGAAUCCAAAAUCAAGUAUCGAUUUCUUUUCAAGGGUUGAUAGUUUUCUUGGUAAGAAUUAUCAUGGAAAACGACAACAAUUCUGAUAUGACGGAAGAAAGUGGAGUCACGAAUCAAGAUUCUAUAAGUCUUUCGCUUGAAGCUCUUCAAGCGAUAUCAGACUUGAACAAAUCAACCAUGGAAGAUGAGGGAAGCACAUUGAUCAUGUCUGAAGAAAUUGUGGGUCGUGACCACCGUACUGGACUGGCGGGUGAAGCAGAGCAAGAAGAAAGUCCAAAUGUACGCUGGGUUUUGCUGGGUAGGGCUGAAGAAGAAGGUGAUGUGAACUCAAAGUCCCUCAAUCCUUCUGACAUUGCUGAAAAAGAACACGCUGAUUCACAAUUUUGGUUUAUAGGCAGAAAGAUGGUAAAUUCAAUGUCCCUCAAUCCUCAUCUUGAUUCUGAUAUUUCUGAUUCUGAAGGAGUUAAAAAAGAUUUGGAUUUUGAGUUUAUAAUCAGAAAAGAUGAAAAGCAGAUGGUGGGUUUGGAUCAUCAUAAUGUGAAAUCAGUGUUCUUUAAUGACAAAAUGGUGGGUUCGGAUGAGAUUUUGGGUUCAUUGUCGGUGUGUGGAAAAGAAAAGACUGAUCAACAAGACCUCAAUAAUCUUGUUCCUGAAUUUGCAGAGAAAGAAAACAUUGGUUUUGGUUCAGGGUCGAGUUCAUGUUGUAGUGAAGGGGUUGAAGCUUUUGAGUUUAUAAUCAAAAGAAAAGAUGUCAUGAGAGCACAUCAUCUUGAACUGGAGGCUACUGGCCUGAAGAAAGAGGUUGCAACCCGUGGCAUUCCAUUCUGGCAUGUGAAUCAUGUAAUUAAGAGGAGUCGGAGCGUGAAGAUAUGGACAUCAUUGAAUGGCAUCAUUGAAGGUGAAGAUAUGGAUGUAGAUGACCCUGAUGCUACUGAAAGUGACAGUGACGAUGACAUGGAUUUUGGUGACUACAAUGGAAAUGAAGGAGAAGAUGCUAUCGGGGAUGAAGGAGGAGUUGAUGGUCAGAGCAAAAAGGUGGCAGUUAUUAGGCUAUAUCAGGAAGAAGAAUACACCUGUGGGAAUCUAACGAUCAAUGAUUACCAUAACGCACAUCAGUUGGAAGAGGCAGUUUACAAUCUCGUUCUGGAAACAAGGGCAAUAUUUCGCCAGCGAUACCUCAUGCCAUUGACCACCGAGUAUAUCCUGAGGUAUCGAAGAAAGAAUAGUCCACAAAAUUGGACAGACCUUGCUAUAUUUGAAAUGGACUGGGAGGAAGUUGCUGCGCGCCUAUUUGUAGUUAAUGCCAUGGAUAACACUGAAGAUUAUUUAGACCAUUACUAUUUACCGGUGUUUAGGAGGUCAGUUGACGGAGCAUCCCAAAAAAUUGGGCAUUUGUACCCUUGGGACUAUAGGGAUGCAGAGGAGUUGGAGCGUGCUUGUAAACAUGUCCUCAGCAAACAUGGUGUUUUAGAUAUAAUGGAGUACAGUUUCCAGUAUUAUGGAGAAGGGAAUGAAGAACUCCACAUAUUUGAAUUGGAUUGGCAGCAGGUUCUUCAACUUGACCUCCUAUCACGUGUGUACGCCACACAUAACGUUCCAAAGGAAGGAGAUGGAGAUGAUGGUGUGUAAUGCUUAUGGUAGGCUAGUGCCAUCUCUAAUCAUCCUGUGGUGUGAAGGACUUGUGUUUCAUUGAAAUGCCUCAUGUGGAGGAAUUAAAAUACAUGUAAAGUGAUGUACUGGUGCUUAAUGUGCUCACUAUUGGUGCAAAGAUGAUGUGUUUUUCAGCGUA